AUGGCUUCCCUCCUGAUCAUCAUUCCAGCCAUCCUCUCCCUCCAGGUCCUAGCUCAAAACACCACAAACACCACCUCCGACCCCCUGGCAUUCGUCGACCCCCUCAUAGGCUCCACAAACGGCGGCAAUGUCUUCGCGGGCGCCUCCCUCCCCUACGGCCUCGCCAAGGCCGUGGCCGACGUCGACGGCCAGAACACGGGCGGCUUCUCCACGGACGGCAGCAACGUCACGGGCUUCAGCUCGGCCCACGACUCCGGGACGGGCGGGAACCCCAGCCUGGGCAACUUCCCGCUGUUCCCGCAGGUGUGCCCGGACGACGCCGACGUGAACAGCUGCAGCUUCCGCGUCGGCGAUAGGAAGCUGCCGUAUGUCAAUGGCAGCGUGGUCGCCCGGCCUGGCUACUUCAGCGUGCGGCUGCAGUCCGGUGUCGGUGCCGAGAUGACGGUUGCGGAGCGGACGGCGCUGUAUCGGUUUGACUUCUCGGCAGCUUUGGGGGAUGGUGGGAAUGCCUCGCACCCGUUGGUCUUGUUGGACUUGACGGACCUCUGGCAGAGCCGCCAGAAUGCUUCCGUCAGUGUUGACUCGGACACCGGCCGCAUGACUGGCAAUGGAACAUUCCUGCCGAGCUUCGGAGCCGGGUCCUACGUGAUGCACUUCUGCGUGGACUUCUUUGAGGCGGACAUGUAUGAGAACGGCGUCUGGGUGAAUAACCGGGCAGGGACGGAGCCAAAGGAUUUGUUUGUGACCAGGGGAUUCAACCUGUUCUAUCUCGAGGCAGGCGGCUUUGCCAGGUUCUCAGGACUAGCAGACAACGUAGUCACAGCCCGGAUGGGAAUCAGUUUCAUCAGCUCAGAGCAGGCCUGCAGCACCGCCGAGUCCGAAAUUCCCAACCCAACCGAAGACUUCGACUCGCUCGUCAGCACAGCACAGGACUCAUGGAGGCAGAAGCUAAGCCCGGUGUCAGUAGACGCGGGAGGCGCAAGCACCGGCCUCCAGACCAGCUUCUGGAGCGGGAUAUACAGGGCGAUGAUGUCGCCGCAGAACUACACGGGCGAGAACCCGCACUGGGACAGCGGCAUCCCGUACUUCGACUCGUACUACUGCAUCUGGGACUCGUUCCGCGUUCAGCACCCGUUGCUCACCAUCAUCGACCCGGCGGCCCAGGCGCAGAUGGUCAGCUCGCUGCUCGACACGUACCGCCACGAGGGCUGGCUGCCCGACUGCCACAUGUCCCUGUGCAACGGCUGGACGCAGGGCGGUUCCAACGCUGACGUUGUUCUGGCUGAUGCGUACGUCAAGAACCUCUCGUCCAGUAUCGACUGGGACCUCGCCCUCGAGGCGGUCACCAAGGAUGCAGAGGUCGAGCCGCUCGAGUGGUCCAAGCAGGGCCGCGGCGGACUAGCCAGCUGGAAGAGCCUGGGCUACAUCCCCUACCUGGACUUCGACCCGGCGGGAUUCGGCACCAACUCGCGGAGCAUCUCGCGCACGCUCGAGUACUCGUACAACGACUUCAACCUCGCCACGAUCGCGCAGGGGCUCGGGAGGCAGGAUAUGUAUACCAAGUACUUCGAGAGGAGCAGCAACUGGCAGAACCUGUGGCGCGAGGACCAGACGUCCCUCAUCAACGGCACCGACACUGGCUUCCAGGGAUUCUUCCAGCCCAAAUACGCCAACGGCACCUGGGGCUUCCAGGACCCGAUCGCCUGCUCCACGCUGGCGGGCUUCUGCUCCCUGACGACCAACCCGUCCGAGACCUUCGAGGCCAGCAUCUGGCAGUACCAGUUCCUAGUCGCGCACGACACGGCAGGGCUAAUAUCGCGCAUGGGCGGCGACGACGCCUUCGUGGCGCGCCUGUCCUACUUCCACGGCUCCGCGCUCGCCGACAUCUCCAACGAGCCGGUGUUCUCGACAGUCUGGCUGUACCACUACGCCGGGCGGCCGGGGCUGUCGGCGGCGAGGAUCCACGGGUACAUCCCCGGGUCCUUCAGCGCGACCCCGGGGGGCCUGCCAGGAAACGACGACUCGGGCGCCAUGGGCAGCUUCAUCUUCUUCUCCAUGCUGGGCCUGUUCCCCGUCGCGGGCCAGGACGUCUACCUCAUCUCGGCGCCCUUCUUCCGCUCCGUGAGCGCCACGCACCCCGUCACUGGCAGGACGGCCACGGUGAGGGUCGUGGACGGGUGGGACCCGGCGUACGAGAGCAUAUACGUCCAGAACGUCACCGUCAACGGCCAGCCGUGGUCCCGGAGCUGGAUCGGGCACGAGGUCUUCACCGAGGGGUGGACGGUCGAGGUGAGCCUCGGGACCGCAGAGUCACCGAGCUGGGGCCGCGCCCUGGAGGACCGCCCUCCGAGCUAUGCGGCCUCGGCGUCGGGGUCGGAGCUCAUGCGUGCUUAA